CGAAAUCGCUGACAAAAGCUCUAGAUGCUACUUUUUUGUCCGCCCUCAAGAGAUCUUGAUCUCACGAUCAAGUCUCCUUUCAACAAGUAUCGGCCGCCAUGAAUUCAACUCGAAGCAUCGUCGCCGCUGCGCGAACAGCAGCAAAACCUUCAAAGAGCAUCUCCCGAUCCUGGACUCGACAUUCUUCACACAAAGCCGCCCCUCCAUUAUCCCAAGCACCGCGAUCCCAAAAUGCCUCCCGAUCAUUCCAGACCCAAGGAUCACGGAAAAACACCUCUGCCGGCCUAGCAGAAGCCUCCAACCCCGCAAUGGCCUUCCCCUGCCUCGACGCCCUCGAAUCCAAGUCCGCAACCCUCGAAGCGCGCUCCCUCUCCAGCGGUCCAGAACCCUCCUACACCAGCGGCGUAACGCUCAACUACCAAUGCCACGAACCUUUACUCCUGGACUGGGGCGGCGUGCUCCCGGAAUUCAAUAUAGCAUAUGAAACAUGGGGCACACUCAACGCGGACAAAUCGAACGUCAUCCUGCUACACACUGGUCUCUCAGCUUCUUCGCACGCGCAUUCCACGGAGACGAAUCCGAAGCCGGGCUGGUGGGAGAAGUUCAUCGGCCCCGGCGGAUGUUUAGAUACGGACAAAUAUUUUGUGAUUUGUACGAAUGUUAUAGGAGGGUGUUAUGGGAGUACGGGGCCGAGUAGUGUUGAUCCGGCCGAUGGACACAGGUACGCUACGCGGUUCCCUAUACUGACCAUGGAGGAUAUGGUGAGGGCACAAUUUCGACUGCUGGAUGGGCUGGGCAUUGAGAGGUUGUAUGCGAGUGUGGGCGCGAGUAUGGGAGGCAUGCAGAGUUUGGCGGCCGGCGUCUUGUUCCCGGAGAGAGUUGGCAGGAUCGCGAGUAUUUCGGGCUGUGCGAGGAGUCAUCCUUAUAGCAUUGCCAUGCGGCAUACGCAGAGACAAGUGUUGAUGAUGGAUCCGAAGUGGAAUCGCGGGUUUUACUAUGAUAGUGUGCCUCCGCAUGCUGGGAUGAAGCUCGCGAGAGAAAUUGCUACGGUUACUUACAGGUCGGGUCCGGAAUGGGAGCAGAGAUUUGGGAGACGGAGGGCAGAUCCGAGUAAGCAGCCAGCGUUGUGCCCCGACUUUCUCAUCGAGACAUAUCUAGACCACGCGGGCGAGAAGUUCUGCUUGGAGUACGACGCCAAUAGUCUACUCUAUGUAAGCAAGGCGAUGGAUCUUUUUGAUCUUGGUGCAGUGAGUCAGUCUGCGAGCGCGGCACGGCGAGCUGCUCACGCUCAACGAUUUGCAAGUGGGCAAGCCAAAGAUUCAGAUGCUGCUGCAUGCAGUCUCUCCCUGCCCGAUUCCCCUUACGAGGAACAGCCCGAGUCGAAUGCUCCUUCGGAUUUAAACAAGCCAGUCUCGCAAUCAUCGGGACCGCCUGAAGAUUUGGUACUUGGCUUGAAGGUUCUGAGAGAUCACCCUGCACUGGUGAUGGGUGUCGAGAGCGAUAUUUUGUUCCCUGCGUGGCAGCAGAGGGAGAUUGCUGAGACAUUGAGGAGAGCGGGGAAUAAGAACGUGACGCAUGUUGAGCUUGGAGAGGAUGUGAGUUUGUUCGGUCAUGACAGCUUUUUGCUGGACUUGGAACAUAUUGGGGGAAAUUUGAAGCAGUUCCUCGGGUGACUGGAGAGAAGACAAGAAAGACAACGGAAGACUGGUAUUAUGCUCAGGCGAGCAGACGAAAAGGGAGAGAUUCGGUCUAUAUGCACCCUUUGACUUGGGAAAGCGAGAUGGAUACCUGAAGCUCUGCAUCGGGACGGCGUUGUUUGGUAGCAUUUACAGCCUGCGCGAGCAUACACGGGUCUAUUGCAAGAGAAUCAAUGACAUGAAGAUAUUCACCAUUCAUCCAACCUGACCUCUCG